AUGAUGCAAGAAAUGCAUAUUGAUGAUAAACUGUCUACUUCGUCUCAAUUCAUCUUACCAAUGGUAUUUGAAAAUCAAUCUUUCAACCAUUCUCCACAUCAUCAACAACAGCUACAUAAACAACAUUGUGAUCGUGCACGGUCUUUUUAUCGAUUGCGUCAAAAGAAAAAGGAACGUCGUCUUCAACAUGGUCCAUUAUCUGUACGUCAUCAUCAACAACAUGUAAGAGAAAUUAAAAGAAAUAAUCAAGAGCAAAAAAGGGAAAAUAAAUUAAUUACCGCUAUAGUUGGUUCGUCAAUCGCUCGAAACAUAUCAGUAAAAAACAUAGCAAAUGAAACGAAUGAAGUGCAUCUUAGAUUUAAAUUGGGUAGUGAUUGUGCUGAUGCUCUAUCUUGGUUGGAAUCAACUGAUGGUCAAUUUUUUAUGCGUGGUGUCAAUCAAUUAAUUUUCAUACUUGGCACAAAUGAUAUUCAUCGAGUUGGAGCUUUUCAAGCAGUUCAACGUAUUGAUUAUACAAUUGAAAAAAUUCGACGUUUAUAUUCCGGCGUAAAUAUUAUUUGGCAGCUUCUUCAACAGCGCACACGAAAGACCUGGCUUUUACCUGAAUGCCAGGCAGUUUUAAAUCAAAUUGAAAAAUGUAAUGGGUUUCUACUCGAAUUGGCUGCCAAGAAG